AAAGACAAUACCAGGUGCUCCAAUGGCGUCGUUUCGAUAACCCUUUUGUCACUUCUCUUUUCCUUUCGUACCUUUCCACUCGUCACUCACUCUUCUUAAUCCAGUCAUUUUCAUCCCCCAUGGAAUCAUUGAGAAAAAAUCUUCCUUUACAGAAAAAAUCUUAAUCCCCGGAUUCAAUUUCACAUCUUUACAGAACCACCCGAAGCAGCCUUGAAUGAAUCCUCGAGAAAGUUGAAAGCUUUGAUUGUGUAGGGAAAAGAAAACUAAAAAGAAUCCAUGGAUGAGAGGCGUGUUUUGUUUGGGAAAUACGAGAUGGGUAGAUUGCUUGGGAAAGGUACCUUCGCUAAGGUUUAUUACGGGAAAGAAGUUACAUCGGGUGAAAGCGUGGCGAUAAAGGUGAUCAGCAAAGAUGAGGUGAAGAAAGAAGGCAUGAUGGAGCAGAUCAAGAGAGAGAUCUCUGUUACGCGCCUCGUUCGUCAUCCUAACGUGGUGGAACUCAGAGAAGUCAUGGCUACAAAGACCAAGAUCUUCUUCGUCAUGGAAUAUGUCCGCGGCGGCGAACUAUUCGCCAAAGUUUUCAAAGGCAAACUCAAAGAAGACGCCGCUCGUAAGUACUUCCAACAGCUGAUAAGCGCCGUCGAUUUCUGUCACAGCAGAGGUGUCUCCCACCGUGAUUUGAAGCCGGAAAAUCUCCUUUUGAACGAGAACGAAGAUCUAAAGAUUUCAGAUUUUGGGUUGUCGGCCUUACCGGAGCAGCUUCGCAAUGACGGGCUCCUCCACACUCGGUGUGGAACUCCGGCGUAUGUCGCCCCUGAGGUUUUGAGGAGAAAAGGAUACGAUGGAUCCAAAGCAGAUAUCUGGUCUUGUGGGGUUAUCCUGUAUGUUCUCCUCGCAGGUUUCUUGCCAUUUCAAGAUGAAAAUAUCAUGAAUAUGUACAGGAAAAUUUUAAAGGCUGAAUUCGAGUUUCCGCCAUGGUUUUCGACAGAAUCGAAGCGUUUGAUCUCUAAACUACUCACGGCUGACCCUGAAAGAAGGAUCGCAAUUCCAGCUAUAAUGCGUGUCCCUUGGUUUCGAAAAGGAUUUACACGCCCCCUACUGUUUUCAAUCGAAGAACCAAUAUCAGAUAUCAGCACAGAAGAUGGUGAUUCUUCUGCUUCUAAGUCUAACAAGCUACCGUCUCCGAAAUUCUUCAACGCUUUCGAGUUCAUUUCCUCCAUGUCGUCGGGGUUUGAUCUGUCGAGCUUGUUCGAAAACAAGAGGAAAUCGGGGAUGAUGUUCACUUCAAGAUGUUCGGCUUCUGCAAUCAUGGCUAAAAUCGAAGCUGCUGCAAAAGGUUUGAACUUUAGGGUGGGAAAAGUCAAGGACUUCAAGAUUAAAUUGCAAUGUUCGUCGGAGGGACGGAAGGGGAAGCUCUCGGUGACGGCGGAGGUGUCUGAGGUGGCACCGGAGAUUGCAAUCGUGGAGUUCUCCAAGUCCUCAGGGGAUACCUUGGAGUAUGUCAAGUUUUGCGAGGAAAAUGUGAGGCCUGCAUUAAAAGACAUUGUUUGGACAUGGCAAGGCGACAACUUCAACAACACUAGUAACUUUAAAAUCGUGGGAGAAGAAUGCGAAAAUUGAAAGUAUGUGCCAGCAGUGCGUCAUACAACCUAACCUCAAGUACAGAAAAGGGAAAUUGUGUUUUUCACCCCUUCUAUUUUGGAAUUGGUUUGAAACUGAUUUUAUGUAAAUGCGUAUGCGGUGUGAUUAGUACAU